AUGUCAUCGGAAACCACCGUACAAGACCCUCUAAAACCCUGGAAAUACUUGCUUUCUCCGCCCAUAAAACACUCAGUCUUAACAACUUUCAUGAAAAGUUUUGCAGCAAUCUUCAUUUUUGCUGCGACUUUUCUCAUUUUCUACUCAGCACCCCCCACCCAGAAAUGGCUCAGUUGUUCAGAAUGUGAUCAGAGUUUUAUUCACACCGCCGGCUACGACUACCACCAGCCUGAUAAUGAAAAAACCAACAUAUCCCACAUUCUUUUUGGCAUCGGAGGUUCGGCAAAGACUUGGAACGAUCGCCGCCGUUACAGUGAAAUCUGGUGGAGACCUAAUUACACUAGAGGAUUUGUAUGGCUAGAUGAAAAGCCGGCAGGCAUCACGGCUGGGAUGGAGAAUUCUCCACCGUAUAAAGUCUCCGAGGAAACAUCUAAAUUCAAAUACACCUGCUGGUACGGUUCAAGGUCGGCUAUACGUAUAGCAAGAAUUGUGAAAGAGAGUUUUCAACUAGGAUUGGGUAAUGUAAGGUGGUUUGUUAUGGGAGAUGACGAUACAGUUUUUUUUACAGAGAAUUUGGUGAAUGUGUUGGCUAAAUAUGAUCAUAAUCAGUUGUACUAUAUUGGUGGAAACUCAGAGAGUGUUGAGCAAGCUGUUGUACAUUCUUACACCAUGGCUUACGGCGGCGGUGGUUUUGCCAUUAGUUACCCUCUGGCGGCGGAGCUUGUUAGAGUUUUGGAUGGGUGCAUCGAUCGGUAUGCAUCAUCCUACGGCUCUGAUCAGAAGAUUGGCAGUUGCAUGACUGAGAUAGGUGUUCCUCUUACCAAAGAACUUGGCUUUCAUCAGUUGGAUAUAAGAGGAAACCCAUAUGGAUUACUUGCUGCACAUCCAUUGGCACCACUGGUAUCACUGCACCAUCUAGACUAUGUCCAGCCAUUGUUUCCGGGCAUGAGCCGGUUAGACUCGGUCAAGAAACUGGUCGACGCUUACAAGAACGACCCUAGUCGGGCAGUACAGCAUAGUUUCUGCUACGACCUCAGUCGAAAUUGGUCGAUUUCUAUUUCUUGGGGCUACACCGUGCAAUUGUACCCGACCUUUGUGUCGGCAAAGGAUUUGAGCACACCAUUGCAAACGUUCCUAACGUGGAGAUCUUGGGAUGAUGAACCAUUCACAUUUAAUACUCGGGCUAUGAACUUAAAACCGUGUCAAAGGCCAGUUAUCUACUAUUACAACGAAGUGGACAACCUCGGAAAUGGACAGACUUUGACAUCGUACAAGAGGCCUGUUUCUGAGAUGAGGAGGAAACAAUGUGACAACAAAGAUUAUGCCUCUGCUUAUGCUGUAAAGAUGUUCAAUGUCACAGCACCAGUAUUUGAUCCUGAAUUAUGGAAGAAGGCGCCACGUAGACAAUGUUGUGAGAUAGUCACCGGCUCGAAUGUAAUGGACAGCGUCGUACAGGUUGGGUUGUCGGCAAAGAGGGAGGAGAAGGUUGCGCCGUUUGUGGAGGUGGUAUCUCGCGAGGCUGUGCCAUCUGUGGAGGUUGCUGGCGCGGCUGGGGUUGUUCCUCUCUCUAGGCCUUUAGCGGACGAUUUUCCUUUUUUGAGGAAGAAGGGGAAGUUCAAGGUUUUGGUUCCUCUAGUGGUGCUUCCAUGA